AUGAAUGGCACUGGCAUGGAGGAAAUACCGUUUCAGAAAGUCAAAACCAGGCGGAAGAGAGGUCACUGCCCACCGAGUGUCCCCCUGACCACCAUCGCCUGCGAGGACGAGUUCGACUGCAAGGAGCUGGAGUCCCUCUUCCAGAACUACAACCUGAAGCUGGAGCAGACGUCCACGCUCAAAGCGCUGGCCGUGCUCAUCUUCCUGUCCUCCGCACUGGCCGUGGUGGAGUUGCUGUCCGGCCCCAGCCUCACCAUCUCCAAGGGGUCCCAUCCGGUGCACUGUGUCGUCUUCGUCUCCCUGUUCAUCGUAACCAACGUCAAGUACCUGCAGGUGACUCAGCUGCAGCAGAUCGUCAACCUGACGCUGCUCUUCGGCUUCACCUUCUCCUUCCUCUGCUGCCCCUUCUCCCUGGGCGCGAUGGGGAUGGAGCCGCCGACCUCCCCGGAGCAGGGCAUGUGGCAGCUCAUCCUGGUCACCUUCGUCGCCUACGCGCUCCUACCUGUGCGCACGCUGCUGGCCGUGGUGUUUGGAAUAAUGGUUUCCAUCUCGCACUUGAUUGUGACGGCCACUUCUGUCACCAUGAAGACGCAGCGGCUCUGGAGAACGUUGGUUGCCAACACAGUCCUCUUCACCAGUGUCAACCUGUCAGGGCUUUUUGUGCGCAUCCUGACAGAGCGAGCCCAGAGGAAGGCCUUCCUUCAGGCUCGCAACUGCAUCGAGGAAAAGCUCCAGAUGGAGGACGAGAACGAGAAGCAGGAGCGCUUGCUAAUGAGUCUGUUGCCCAGGAACGUAGCUAUGGAGAUGAAAGAGGAUUUCCUGAAGCCCCCAGAAAGGAUCUUUCACAAAAUCUACAUCCAGCGCCACGACAACGUCAGCAUCCUGUUUGCAGAUAUAGUCGGUUUCACCAGUCUGGCCUCGCAGUGCACAGCCCAGGAACUGGUGAAACUGCUCAAUGAGCUGUUUGGGAAGUUUGAUGAGCUUGCCACGGAGAAUCACUGCCGCAGGAUUAAGAUCUUGGGCGACUGUUACUACUGUGUGUCUGGACUGACCCAACCCAAGACCGACCACGCCCACUGCUGUGUGGAAAUGGGUCUGGACAUGAUUGACACCAUAACGUCAGUGGCAGAGGCCACAGAGGUCAACCUGAACAUGCGCGUGGGCUUGCAUACAGGUCGGGUGCUCUGUGGAGUGCUGGGCCUCAGGAAAUGGCAGUAUGAUGUCUGGUCCAAUGAUGUGACCCUGGCCAACGUGAUGGAGGCUGGGGGACUACCUGGAAAAGUCCACAUCACCAAAUCUACACUGGAGUGCCUGAAUGGAGACUAUGAGGUGGAGCCUGGAAACGGCCACGAAAGGAACCCCUUCCUCCUGAAACAUGAAAUUGAAACCUUCUUUAUUGUGCCAUCUCACCGACGGAAGAUAUUCCCAGGAUUGAUUCUUUCGGAUAUAAAGCCCGCCAAAAAGAUGAAGUUCAAAACUGUGUGCUACUUACUAGUGCAGCUUAUGCACUGCAGGAAGAUGUUCAAGGCUGAGAUUCCCUUCUCCAAUGUCAUGAACUGCGAGGACGGUGAUAAGCGGAGGGCCAUGAGGACGGCGCCGCAGAAGCUGAGGAACCGUCCCAACGCCAACCAGGCCACCGUGGUCCAGAGCAGCCCCAGAACCCGGGUCAACCGCUACAUCGGGCGGCUGAUCGAGGCCCGGCAGACCGAGUCGGACACGGCGGACCUCAACGUCCUCACGCUCAUGUACAAGUGCUCCGAGCGUGAGCAGAGGUACCACCAGGUUCCGGAUGAGUACUUCACCAGUGCAGUGGUCGUCUCUCUGGUCCUCGCUGCCUUGUUUGGCCUUGUCUACCUUCUCAUCAUACCACAGGGCACAGUGAUACUUGUCCUUCUUGUCUUCUGCAUCUGUUUCCUAGUAGCUUGUAUCAUGUACCUGCACAUCACUAGAAUACAGUGUUUUCCAGGGUGCCUGACCAUUCAGAUUCGCACUGCCCUCUGUAUUCUCAUAGUGCUCUUAAUCUACGCUGUGGCCCAGGCCUGUGUGGUGGGCUGUAUGCCGUGGCUGUGGGGCAGUGCCAACACCAACAGCUCCAUCCUCAUCAUCGAUGACAUCAGUGGCGCCAACCACACCAUGGCGGAGCUGCCUUGUGAGGGUGCCCGCUACGCCUUCCUCUCCUGCGUUGUGGGCACCCUCACGCUGGCGCUUUUCCUGCGGGUCUCCUGGCUGCCAAAGGUGGCGCUAAUGCUCCUCCUCGGGGUGCUGUAUAUCACAGUGUUGGAGCUCAGUGGCUUUCGUGGGAAGGAAGGUGGGGGGUCCUUCCACAUCCGGGGCUAUGAGCCCAUCCUGUCUCUGUUGCUCUUUGUCAGUGCCCUGGCCCUCCACUCCAGGCAACUCGACCUCAAACUACGCCUGGACUUCCUAUGGGCUGUGCAGGCGGAGGAGGAGAGAGAUGGCAUGGAGAAAGUCAAGCUGGACAACAGGCGGAUUCUCUUCAACCUCCUGCCCGCGCACGUGGCUCAACACUUCCUGCUCUCAAACCCCAGGAACAUGGUGAGCCUCGCUAAUAGACAGGCAGGCAGACAAACAGAGAACCAGGAUCUGUACUAUCAGUCCUACGCACAAGUGGGCGUUCUGUUUGUCUCCAUCCCAAACUUCAACGAUUUCUACAUCGAGCUGGACGGAAACAACAUGGGAGUGGAGUGCCUCAGACUCCUGAAUGAGAUCAUUGCAGACUUUGACGAGCUCAUGGACAAGGAGUGCUACAAAGACAUAGAGAAGAUCAAAACCAUUGGCAGUACAUACAUGGCAGCUGUGGGCCUUGUCCCCACCAUUGGUACCAAGGCCAAAAAAUCUGUUUACGACCAUCUCAGCACAAUAGCAGACUACGCCAUUGAGAUGUUUGAUGUUUUGGAUGAAAUCAACUACCAGUCAUACAAUGAGUUUGUCCUGAGAGUGGGUAUCAAUGUCGGCCCGGUGGUCGCUGGGGUGAUCGGGGCACGGCGACCUCAGUACGACAUCUGGGGGAACACGGUGAAUGUGGCCAGUCGCAUGGACAGCACCGGAGUACCGGGAAAGAUACAGGUGACAGAGGAGGUCUAUCGCCUGCUGAACAACAACUACGACCUGGUGUGCCGCGGCAAAGUGAGCGUUAAGGGCAAAGGUGAGAUGCUGACGUACUUCCUGGAGGGGAAAGUUCAGGGUGUGGGCACAGCCACCGUCUCUUCAGUGAUGCGUUCCGUCAGCUUGGCUCGUCGCAUCCACUCCUGUGGGAAGACGAGCGUCCCGACCAAUCUGGGCAGCAACUCCACCGCCAGCCUGGCCGCUCACGCCGGCGUGGGCAGCAGCAGCGUCCAGAUGAACGCCGCCAGCAGCAGCAACAGCCAAGUGACUUGUAUCCCCUUCUCCAGCGUGCCUGCAGUGGGCGAGGAGGACGAGGAGGACAUUGAGGUGACGGGGAUUAAGAUCGAGCCUGUGGCCGACGCUGCAGAUGUAGCUGUGUAG